GUAAAAUAAUUUUCAAAUUAUAGAUAGGAUAUCAUUGAUAAUAAAAAAGCAACACUUUUUAAGCACAGAUCUGUUAUAUAAGCGAAAAAAGUUUGCAAUUCAUUCACAACUCAUUCACUCUCUCUUUCUANCAUCUGAGGUGAUCAACUGGAGGUGCAAUUUGGACACUAAGAGACGCGCCGUUCAGCCAACCGUUUGCAAGGAUGAGGCCGGAGGUAGGGCCGACUGGAAGACUCAGACCGACCAGGUUCAGGCCACUCUAGUCAAACUGAUCCCCACAUUGCAUGAAUUGGGAAGUGAAUACUGGGCCACUCAGCACCAGAGGAUGUUGGACUUCAUUAAAAACAAUUUGCCUGAAAUUGACUCUGCGGUCAACUCUGUGUCCGACUCGGCCACCCGGGCCAGAAUCCUAUGCAUCCUUGUUGAGCAAUUGAGCUUACUCAAUACUGUUGCCUCCAGCAGACCCCCGUCUAAACUUAUCAAAGUAACCGUUGCUAAGCUCCAGGCGCUGAGCAAAGAGACAUUUGGCUCACUUAAGAUCCUCAAACUGAUAUAUGACAACAUCUCUGAAUUAGAUGACCACAUGAUGUCGUGGGCCGAGAAAUUAAGAGACAAUGAAAAGCUGUCCGUUUUGUAUGAUAUCUUCAAAGAUAUCCAUCACGCCGUCUAUGACUACGGUUUCUACAGAGCAAUGGCUGAGAUCCCAUUCAUUAGCAACAAAACGGAUCAGCCCUUAGCUACCGGUAAAUUCGCCGUUACCUCUGAGGUGAUCAACUGGAGGUGCAAUUUGGACACUAAGAGACGCGCUGUUAAGCCCACGGUCUGUAAGGACGAGGCCUCGGGUUGGGCCGACUGGAAGACACAGACCGACAAAGUGGUGACUACUCUCGUGGACCUCAUCCCUAAAUUGCAUGCAUUGGGAAGUGAAUACUGGGCCACUCAGCACCAGAGGAUGUUGGAUUUGAUUCGUGACAAUGUGUCUGAAAUUGACACUAAAGUGAAAUCGGUGGCGAACUCUUCCACCAGGGCUAGAAUCCUGUGCAUCCUUGUUGAGCAAUUGAACUUGCUCAAUAUUGUCGCCUCCACAAGAGCUCCCGAAUAAAUAAAUAACGGAAAUUUUCUUAGACUCAUAUCAUUGGUCUUAUUAAAAUUAAAUACAAUUUACAGCAUUUUUAAUAAUAAUAAAUUCAAAUAAA